AUGAAUAACAGCGAACUUUGCUUGUGGUACUUCCAAGAAUUUGAAGAGAAAGGCAGACUUGCUUGACCUAGUAGUACUUGUUUCUGACAUCAUGGAUCAAUAUGAAGACAUCAACUCAUCUAUAUCUACCAGCAUUGCCAACUACAAUGUAGAUGUACUGCAGAAGGUUAAUGAACUCAUACUAACAGAGCUAACACAAGGUCACGCCAGUCAGCAGCAACAUGAAGAAGUAAAGCAAACAGAGAAGAAAGAAGAUGAAAAGAUACAAGAAAAACCAUUAAGAAAGGAUACUUCUUGGAGAGACAUGUCACAAGCUUCAGUAGUGGAUUUAAUAAUCAUUUCAUCUUAUGGAGGUGAGCUAGCUCCUUCUAUUGAUGUCUGCCCCAAGCAAACAGAUAAUGAGAUGGCUUACUCUGUCAGUGGCAACUCUAUAUUAGCAAGGAAAGAAUUGGAAUCUCUGAUUGAUUUUUAUGGAAAAAAUAAAAUAAUCCAACUUCGAGAAGUCUGUCCAGAUUGGACUGGAGUACAAGUAUCCAGAGAUGAGCAAAUGGAUAGGAUAAAACGGUUUUUUGUUAGCUGCCAAGAAAGAGAAUCCGAGUUAGCUGUGCUCCACUACACUGGUCAUGGAGAGAAAGGCACUGGUAACUGGUGCUUUAAAGAUGGAGUGAUUACUUUUGAAGAUAUCUUUGGUUUUUAUAUGGAUUGCAUGAGAGGUAAAAGGCUAACGGUAAUCUCUGAUUGUAGUUAUGCCGGUAACUGGAUCAGGGACUGUGUGAAGAAACUGGAUGAGAUUGGCAUACCAUCUUGUGGGCAUCACACACGAGAGCAUGGAAUCUUACUGAGAAUAUUUGCAUCAUGUAAGGAGAAUGAAGAAUCAACGUUCAUGGCUUAUACUAAAGAAGGCAUGGGAAAUGGAAAAUAUUUUUCCAAAAAAUUGUCAUCAGGACAAACAUCUAUUUAUGGUGAUUUUAGAGAGAUUCGUUGCAGCAAAGCAGACUUACCAUGUGAAAUAAACUCAUCGUGGAACGACAGAUUUUAUGCUAAGCCUUUUGUUUAUCUUGUUCGUGGCAAAGAUAGAGGGAGAAAAGCAUGGCACUAUGUCUUGGUCGAUGAAGACAAGCUUGAAAGCUUCAAAUCUCAAGUUGCAUCUGGUGAUAUUGAUCUUUCUAAAUAUGGCAAGAUACUUCAUUCAGGUUGGGGUAAAGAUCCACCAAAAGAUCUUGUUAGGAGAAUGGACUUAAAGUAUUUGCCAACUGUUGAUCCUGAUGAAUAAAUAAAUUAUACAAAAUAGCUAUAACCCUUGUUUGUUUUCAUUUGAUUUAAAAUAGAUUUGAGUUUGAUUAUGAAAA